AUUGGUGAACUGAUGAUUGAGAAGAUCCCAUCGAUGCGAGCWAACAAUUCGCAAGCAUUGCCAGUUUGAGAUAUUUUAUGCCUUUUUAUUUGAGGUGACGUGGGACAGAGAACGUCUAAUUGUGGGAUUGAUUAGAAGAAGCAGAAAAGAGAAAUUUACGAACAGAAGACUUUUAUUAUAACUAAUGCGUGAAGAUACUUCACACCUGGAAACGAAUUUUAUACAGGAGGCUUUGUUGGCCAACAAAGCUCACAUCAGCUGUAACACCUAUAAAUACCAAAAAUUGGGUUCAUUAUAAAUCGUUUCGAAUGGAAAGUUAAGGGCCAUUACCUGGAAAUUUUGUUUAACGAAAUCGAUCAACAAAAGGCGAGCAAAAUAAAGAAUGGCUUUGGCGGCUGAUCUCAAGGAAAAAGAAAAUGGCACUGAAAAUAAAUACAUUAAACAUGUGAAUAUAUCUGAUGAAUUGGAAUAUCAGCAUAAAUUAAUUAACGAUGCUUCUAAUGUAACCAAUCAACAUUCAGGAAAUGGAUUUUCACUUACAGAAAACAAAUGCAAAACAAAAACUCAACAACUUAAUGGAACAACUUCAUAUACACAUACCACUUCAAGCAAAGGCACAUCCACUGGCACAUUCAUGAAAUUGAAAACAUACUUACAUGCACUGCGUCCAUGGUCAUUAUCUGGCAGUUUGGUACCAACAUUGAUGGGUUCUGCGCUGGCUUACCGUUCUCAAUGGGCCGCUGAUUUUAGUCUUAUAACAUUUUUUUUAACUGCCUUCACGGUAGUUACAGUGCAUUGCGCCGGCAAUGUGGUGAAUACUUACUUCGAUUUCGUUAAGGGUAUUGAUAAACAGAAAGCCGACGACCGAACCCUCGUUGAUCACAUUCUCACAAAAGAUGAGGUAGUUUCCUUGGGAGCAAUUUUAUACAUGGCCGGUUGCGGUGGAUUCAUUUGUUUAUCCUUUCUUAGUCCCGCGAAAAUGGAGCACCUAGCAUUAAUUUAUUUUGGCGGCUUAUCAUCUAGCUUUCUUUACACUGGUGGAAUCGGUUUCAAAUACAUCGCUCUUGGAGAUGUUGUUAUAUUAAUACUUUUCGGACCACUUUCAGUAUUGUUCGCAUAUAUGUCACAAACAGGUCAUGUGGAUUGGACAGCAAUUUAUUACGCUCUUCCUUUGGCACUCAAUGCGGAGGCAAUAUUACACAGCAAUAACACGCGAGAUGUUGAAAAUGACCGUAAAGCUGGAAUCGUAACGUUAGCAAUACUUAUAGGACGAACAGCAUCACAUGUCCUAUAUGCUUUGCUUCUCUUCACACCCUACAGUGUAUUUGUUGUAUAUGGCCUGAAAUACUCGCUUUGGUUUUUAUUGCCACUCGUGACAGUACCACAGGCAUUUCAGAUCGAGAAACGUUUUCGUAACGAACAUACCAUGAGUGCUGUUCCGCGACAAACAGCUAAAUUAAAUUUCUUUUUCGGUAUACUCUAUGUGGUAGCAAUAUGUUGUGCUAGACAAUUACCCGACUUCAGUUAUCGCAAACAUUAGUGUGUUCAAAUUUUUUAUAUGUAGUAGCGAAAAAUUGUAUUAAUUUACAAGUCAAAUUAAAGUUUAUUAAAUAAAAAUAAAUUUAUUGACUACAUUUAGAAGCAGAAUAUGCAAGACUUCCAAAAAAUAAUUUAUAUGAAAUCAUAGAGGAGCUAAAACAAAUACUACAAUGAAAACUGACUGUACAAUAAAUUUUUGUAAUAAUUAGAAGCAAAUAUUAUUAACUUUAUACAAAAAUGAGAACAUGAAAGUACACCUUUCACAAAUAGAAUCUGAAGUUUUAUUUAAUAUAAUGAGCUGAACGAAGUUUUAUAAAACGAUUAAAUUAUUACGGUAGUUUAUGAUGGAAAUAGGGAAUUUUUCGUAAGCGUUAUAAACAAAUAUAAUAUGUAUAACAUGUGCACGAAAGAAAAUGACUUCAGAAUUUGGAAAUUGUGCCUGUUUCCAAUUGAGCACAAUAAAAAAUCGGCAAUAAACGUCGCGUAUCCCUUACAUAUUUUUAUGUUUAAGCGUAAAAACAUAUUUUUACCAAAACAGUUGACAGUUGUUAAUGCCAAUUUUARCAGUUUUUUCAUUUAUUAUGAACAAUGAAAUGUACUCUCAGUUAAUUUUAGCGAAUUUAAGAACAUACUCAUCGAUUUGCAUGCUAUGCGAUUCUCGAACUCUUCAAUUUAUGUUUGCAAUGUUUUUUUUUAAUGAUUUGGUAAUCUCAUAAUUCUAAUUUUAAUUUCAUGUAAUAUAUUUAAUUAAUAAAAGUGCUUUAAAGAGGAGUACGAAUGAAAA